GGGGAAGAGGGGAAAAAUUCACAAUGCCGAUUUUUGGCAAUUUUCCGGAACCUCCGUAUCCGAAAACGGGGAUUGUUUGGAGGAAAUACCAAUAAGGUAUGUAUACUAAAACCGUGAAGCAUGUUCCGUAAUAACCGGCUAAUCAGAUAUGAGAUAAUAACAAGUCAAAGUAAAUAACUCUGAAAAGGGCUUUCGUGCGUUCCCAGAGAAUAUUACCUCAGCAGCGCUAGUGUUGGUAUAUUCGUGAAUAAGUCACUAACCGAAAUAAAUAUUGUUUAGGAAAUACUAUUUACUUGUUUAAGGGUUGUACUGGAUAAAUUGCGAAAAUAACUCUAUCAGUUCAAAUACUAAGAAAUAAGCAUACUCAAUUUGAUCGAUACCAAAUUAUUUAGGAAAAUGAAUGGGUUAUUUCUCUUAGAUGUUUAAAAUGUAAUAUAUUACUUAUAUGUAGUCAAUAUAAGGAUCCCUUCCAGGGGCCCUAUUAUCGAUUUUUUUUCAACAAUCUAAGUAUGUCACUAGGUUUCCAGACACAAGUUCUACUCACAUGUCAAGUUCCAUAAAAAUCGAUAAAACGGUGUAGGAGUUAGCUAAAAAAAAAAAAAAACCCACAAGCACACCCACAGAAAGAAUUUACCACAUAUGUAGUGGAUAUAUAUGAUUAUGUGAUUUAUAUAUGUGUAUAUAUAUAUAUAUAGGUGAGAAAGUUGGUAUGUGAAAGCACGUAGUUGGAUGUAUAAAAGAUAAUAACACAUACAUACGCACGCACACACACACAUAUAUAGCUAUAUAUGUGUGUGUAUGUAGGUGUGUGACUACCGGCUUAGAUAAGGAAAUCCGGGAUAUACAAAAAACAAAACCCUAAAGAAACCAAAAUAAAAGAAACGAACUUGAUGGACAAGUGUUGAACACCUUUGACUAUAGGGUCCGCAACAAUAGGGUUGGUCUGUAUAAAUUGUACUUUUCACAACACCGCAACCCCCACCACCACCGCUGCUGCUGGUCUCAUGAAUUGCUUUUUCCCCAACCACCAUCAUUAUCAACACCACCACCACCUCAACAACCAGUACGUCCACUACCGCGAGUAUUGUAACUUCUCAGUAGUUGUCGAGUAACCUGUUUCUCAUGCAAAUAGCAACUACGUUCAAUAUCAACAAAAACCACUUUGGACUUUUAUAUAUCAGAUGAGACGAUUCCGGUCAUCUCAGAGUCAAUGUUGUUGCUGUGUCGUUGCCAUCCUGUUGUCGCUAGGGAGUGUGAUAUUGACCGGUAUCGGAGUGUGCGUGAUCCUGAAAUAUGUCAUGAUUCGGACGGAUUUACUACUUCCAGAGCUACAGAACCACGACGGUCAAAAGAUCGUUGGCAUCAUUCUCACCUCUGUCGGGGUUUUGGGCAUAAUUAUCAGUGCCAUAGUUGCAAUUCUUUACUUCACAGUGUGUCACGAAAGUCGGAGUGGACAGCCCGCUGUUGCACAGAAAAUAUGCAAGAAUGGUAUCAAAGAAAAUUCAAAUUCACCUGCCACACCAAAAACGGAGGCCAAUGGCCAAAACAAAUUCCAUAAUUCCCAUCUCCACCCGCCGAAAUCCCCUACCAAGAUGCAACCCUUCAAACCUAAAUCUCCAUUUGGUGGCGAGAGAAUGGUCUCUGCCAAACCCAUUUCCACUAUUGGGGUUCCCCUGACUUCGACGCCGAGGAGAAUGCGGGGCGCCAAAAAUGGCCGUCCACUCUCUUCGAAUUUGGACAUUGUCGAAGAAGUCGACAGCGAUGUUCCGUUACCACUGUUGCAAAUCAAUGGCAUAGAUAUCGGUCUGACGAACGGUCGUAAAUGUGUCGACAACGUUAUCCAUAAUGGACAGAACGAUGUAUUGAGACCAAUUCUGAAAUCUUCUUCCAACACCACCACCACCACCACCACCAUCACUACUGCUACUAACACACUUGUAACUAGCAACAACAUAGCAUCCACCAAUUCUAUAGCAGCUGCUGCUACUUCAAAUACUAACUCUGUUUCUAGGUCUUUAUUUUCAAUGAAAAACAUUCCGGACUCCUCCACUGACAACAAUCACAACAACAACAACAAUACAACUACCACCGUAACAUCUGCAUCAAGCAGUUCCCAUACUUCAUCUGUACAUUCAAAGCCCUACCACGAUAGCACCACCACCACCACCAUUACAGACCUUGACCAAUCAAAUUGUGAUUCAGACCAAGAUAUACAAACACACGAUUCAGAUUGUGAAAUAACAUCAAGCAGACUAUAAUACUUGUGUGUGUGUGUGUGUGUUUGUGUCUCAGUGCGUGUGUGUCUCAGUGUGUGUGUGUGUCUCAGUGUGUAUGUGUCUCGGUGUGUGUGUGUCUCAGUUCGUGUGUGCGUGUGCCAAAUUCUAACAUACUAAUUGAUUUUCUUCCUCAAAAUGCAACGCCAAGAGAUUUGGUUAUCAAUGUUAUUAUUAUUAUUAUUAUUAUCUUUAUUAUUAUUAUUAUUGUUGUUGUUUAAUGUGGCGAGCUGGCGGAAUCAUUAGCAUGCCGGACGAAAUGCUUUGCAGUAUUUUGUCUGUCUUCAUGUUCUGAGUUCAAAUUGUGCCGAGGUUGCCUUUUGUCCUUUUGGAAUUGAUGAAUUAAAUACCAGUUGAGUACUGGGGUCGAUGUGGCCGACUGUCCCCCUCUCCACAAAAUCCAGGCCUUGUGCCUAUAGUAGAAAGGAUUAUUAUUAUUAUUAUUAAGCAUAAGCAUGUAAUAAACAUCCUUUUAUCCUUUUGGGGUUGAUAAAAUAAGUACCAGCUAUGCACUGGGAUCACUGUAAUUGACUACCCCCCCCCCCAAAUCUCCUUAUAGCAGAAAGUACUGUUAUUAUUCUGUUUUUCAGUUUUGAGUUUGAAUUCUGUUCAAGUCAACUUUGCCUUACAUCCUUUGGUGGCCGAAAUAAAUACCAGCUGGGCACUGAGGUUGAUGUAAACAAGUAGCCCCUCCCCUCAAAUUUCAGGCCUUGUGCUUAUAAUAGAAAGGAUUAUUAUUUAUUAUCAAAAUCUAUUAUUAUUAUUAUCGAAGCCUGUUAUUAUUAUCGAAGCUCUGAUUUCAAAUCCCUUCGAUGUUGGUAUUUUUAUAGUUUUUGUAAUCGUACCUGAGUGGAGGGGUGAGGUGGAAGGGAGGGGGGGGGGCUAUUUACUUCUCAUCUCUGAAGUGCUUUCAUAUUUAAAUACAAAACGGUGAGCUGGCAGAAUCAUCGGCUCUUUGAAUUCUGAUUUAAAAUGCUGUCAAGGUAGACUUUG